UUUUUUUGUAUAAAAAUAUACACGCCUCGUUAAUGCUCCUAAAAUAUAUAUACUCUUGUGACGACUGAAAAUAAUUUAUACACAAUUGGGAAUACUCAAGAUUCAGUAUACAAAUUGCGAGUACCCCAACCAAAUAACAUGGCCAUGCUUCCAGAAUAUGACACGAUGUUGGAACUGUUUGACGAAGAGGAGCAACAAGAUUGUGGCUACUGUAAGAAAGUAAACGGUCACAUCUUCGACGGAAUGUGGGCUGAAUGUAUGACGGUGGACGUCUUCCAGGACUUAAUCGACAGAGGUUGGAAGCGUUGUGGUAAAUACUGUUACAAACCCAGAAUGACCGAGACUUGCUGUCCCCAAUACACCAUCAAAUGCAGUGCGGUUAAUUUUCAUCUUAGCAAGAGCCAGAAGAAGGUCUUAAAGAAGUUCAACAGGUUCCUGGCUGGCGAAUACCGUAAAGACUUUAACGACCUAAGAAUUAUAGGCCAAUCAAUCGUAUUAAACAAUGAACCUGAUGGUGGAACUGAAACUUGUAAGGAAGAAAACGAUUUAUCACCUUUGUGCAUCACAACUUCAACCAAUUUAUUGGAUGACUCGUUUUCUAACGAUGAGUUUAUCAUUUUAAGUAAACCAAUCAAAGCCCAAAAUUCGGGUCAAAUGCCCAAACAAAAGAAGGAGACAAAGAAGUCAAACAAAGUGAACGUGGGGAAAACUUUGGACAUCCCCAAAAAUGUGUGUGAUUUGAACAAACAAAAAAAGAAGGAGAAAAAGAAGGAAAAGAACUCAAACAAAGUGAACGUGGAGAAAACUUUGGAGCAGUUCAUUGACACCCCUAAGAAUGUUGCGAAUGAGUUCACAAUUAAAUUAAUUUCAACCAGCAAUUCAGAAGUUGAAUGGGAGGACAUCAGAGAUACGGAGUUUAAGCUGUACCACAAGUACCAGUCGGUUGUUCAUGGAGAGCACGACGAAGAAAACAACUUGAAAACCUUCGAGGACUACUUGGUUAUCACUCCUUUGCCUUCGGAAAGCUUCCCCAACAAAAUCGGACCUGGAUAUGGGUCUUUCCAUCAACAGUACUGGAUGAACGGCAAGUUAAUUGCUGUUGGAGUCAUUGAUAUUUUGCCCAAAUGUAUCCUUUCCGUCUAUUUCUUCUACGAUCCUGAUUAUAGAUAUUUAUCUUUGGGUACUUAUGGGGCUCUUCGGGAGAUACACUUGACCAGGUGCUUGAAUAUGAUGGUGCCGCAAAUAUGUGAGUAUUACAUGGGAUGUUACAUCCAUACGUGUCCCAAAAUGUUGUAUAAAGGUCAGUACAGUCCGUCAUAUCUUCUGUGUCCUGAAAGCUACAAAUGGAUUAGCUUAGAUAAGUGCCUUGCCAUACUGAAAGGGAUUAAAUAUUCAAGGCUGAAUGAAAAUGUAAACGAUACUGACUCAGAUUCUUGUACGGAAGACGACUUGGACAACAUCAAAAUUUUCCUGACGGACGAGGUUGAGUUGAUGCUCCUGAAAGAUUAUAAAGAGGUGUUUGAAGGUGAUGACAUUGAGAAAUUUGGAAGCCUCCUCGGUAAGAGGGCCUGCAGAAACGUUAUAAUCCUCGACUAAUUAUUUUAUUUGUACAAACUGAAAAUAUAUUCGGUAAUUAUUG